AGAUUUUGCCUUGAAACUCUCCUGUGUUUUGGCAGAGAACCCAAACACGGCCCUCCACGCCCUGACGCUCUCCCACAACCCUCUGGAAGACAAAGGUCUCAGCGCCCUGAGCCAGCAACUGUUGUGUUUCCACAAAGGCCUCAGCAAACUAUGCCUUUCCAAGACCAAUAUCACUGCUAAAGGACUUGCCAUUCUGUGCCAGACCUUGGGUGCCAACCCGGCUUUCACCAGUACCCUCCGCCAUCUUGACCUAAGCAAGAAUCCGGGGCUGCUGGGGACCGAGGAAGCAAACGGCUUCUAUUCCUUCUUGGCUCAGCCCAACGCUUUGGUUCACUUGGACUUGUCCUCCACAGAUUGCGCAGUGGAUGCACUGUUCGGGGCACUCUUGCAUGGCUGCUGCCCACGGCUUAGCUACCUCAACCUCGCACGAAACACCUUCUCCCACCGGAAAGGAAAAGGGAUGCCUCCCUCCCUUAAGCAGUUUUUCUGCAGCUCCUAUUCCCUCGCCUACGUCAGUCUCUCGGGUAUCAAAAUACCUGUGGAGGCAUUAAGAUCUCUUUUCCAAGGUUUGUCAGCCAAUACACACCUCAGCGAACUUCACUUGGACUUGAGCGGGUGUGAGCUGCGUUCCCCGGGGGCCCAGGUGCUUCAAGAGCAACUGUCUGGCAUUAGCGCCUUGAGCAGCCUAGAUCUUUCUGACAAUGGUUUUGACACAGACUUGCUGACCCUGGUCCCAGCCCUGGCCAAGAACAAGUCACUGAAGCACUUAUGGCUAGGCAAAAACUUCAACAUCAAAUCCCGGUCCUUGGAGGAAAUAUUGCAAAAGAUGGUGCUGCUUAUCCAAGAAGAAGACUGUUGCCUUCAGACUUUCUCGGUGGCUGAUUCCAGGCUGAAAACUCGCACCAGCAUCCUCAUCAAUGCUCUCGGCAGUAACACUUGCUUGACCAAGGUGGACCUGAGCGGGAACGGCAUGGAAGACAUCGGGGCCAAGAUGCUGUCGAAAGCCCUGCAGAUCAACAGCACGCUCAG